AUCAAUCCAUGAAAUGAUGGUAUAUGGUUUGUAAACAAUCAAUUCAUCGAUCAUCAUGGCUUUGAAUCAUCAACAUGUUUUAAUUUAUAUGGUCAUCCUUAUUGGCUAUAACUUAUGUUAUUCAUUAACUUUGAACCAAAAACCACAUGAUCCAGAUUACAUCGAUACCGAUGAUGACAAUAAUGCUAAUCUAUUCUAUGCUGAUGAUGAUAUAUUAUCAACGGAAAAAACACCACUAACGCAAGAAUUGUCGAUGAGACAGUUGAUGCACGAAGUUUUGAAAAAUGGCAAUGACUCAAAUCCAAAUGAUCAAUGUCAACAAUAUAAAGACUUGAUUCAUGAUCUUUGUAUUGCAAGAUUCCGUGAAAAAAGUCGAAUUCGUUAUGAUUUUAAGAAAAAUAAAUAUGAUAAAGAUGAUAAAGAUGACAAAGAUGAUAAAGAUGAUGAAGAUUAUGAUUCGAUUGCACCUGCUCAACAAGUUUGCUGUGAAUUCAAAAACACAUAUCUACAAUGUUUGGUUUCCAAUAUCAAUGCUAUUUGUCCACCGAGAGCAUUCAAUGAUUUAUAUGAACAAGUUGAAGGACUUGCAAAAAUUUGUUCCCAAUUUUUUGAGAAAUCUACACGCAAAUGUCGCCGCCAUUAUACUAUUAUGGCUUCGGGUGGAUUGCAUUUCCAGAACAUUGUUCCACAAGAAUUAAAUAAUAACCAUAAUAUUAAACCAUAAGUGUAUAUUCACUUCAAUUAAUCUAAUAAUCUAAUAACUGCUAUUAUUAUUUAAUUAACUAUGAACAAUAAAUGUGGUGUAAUUCAAUAUUUGUUUCCAAUAAUCCAUUCUUGUGACCGAAAUAAUUCCAUAAUAAUUAAUGA